CUGCCCGCCCUGAGACAUGGUGUCAUCCGAACCGGUCAUCGAAGCCGUCAAAGCUUCCAUCUGAAGGUUUGUUCCUGUGCCUGACAUGUUGCCAACACUCGAUCGCCAGUGGAGACGGGAUCACGGAUCAAACACCAACCACCACAUUUUGAACGACACCAUGUUCUCGAUAAUAUCAAACUGCCAAGCCAGCGACGUCCAAGGUUGCGGUCUCUCCCGCCUUUCGAUUUUUGAGAACCCCUGUCGGCGGGUCUUUUGGAGCUGUGAUGUGGCCCAGUGGAUGGCAGCGAACGGCUUCUCACUGGCCCAGCAGCCUGACAGCAUCCCGAUACCCCUGCAAACGACGCUCUGGCGGCAGGAACAACCCUGGACAGCCUCUCCGAGUCCCCAGCCCAACUUGCCAAGCUUGAGGUCUUCCCACCCAAGCAUCCCAAGCUUUCCCCAGGCCCAUACCAGGACAGCUCUGGGUACAUACAAUAACUCGCAAAUGCCCCCAAGUGAGGUGGUCGCGAAACCCCAGAGCCCAAGGACGCAUGUGUCUGCACAACAUUGGCUAUUCUGGGACCUUGCACCUCUCGUGAACGAAACGAGGCGUCUUGGAGCGGUCAGCCUACCCACCCCACCAGGGCAUCGAUCGCAACGCCGACGGCCAACAAUCGCCAAACUCGAAUCGAAGCCUCACAUUGGGACUGGAACCCAACGGCCACAUGUCGUCGACCACUAACCCUUAUUGGGGCGAGCUCCCAGCUCCCCAGGUGAAAGCCCAUCGCUUGUCUGAUGACCAGCCCCAGACUCAUGAUAACCGCCAGUCAUUGGAUGUUGGCGCCCAGGCACAGGUCAGACCGAACCGCGCAUCCGUUCAGACUACAAAAUCAGAUGCGCCGACCGAAUCCACCCUGAGCCCCUUCGCAUCGCCAACCGCCUCGAGCUUUCAGGGUCAGGGACUUGCUCCUCGUCCGCCAUCCCUACCGUACGCCGCCAACCAAUAUCCACCCGAGCUCGUAGAGAACAGACGAAAGAGAAGGAGUCGCAACCUGGAACAGGACGAAGAAUACUACGCCGCAGCAUUAGCAGCAGCAUCAUCAGCAGCAGCAUCGGGCCCUCCUCCCGCUGCUCCUGACGUCCCCCGUACUGCCGCAAACUACCGUUACCCGCCUUCGAGCAGUGGAAAUAGGAAUAUGGAUGUUGACGAUUACUACAAGGCCGCCGGUCCCGAGCAUCACCCGGUGUUGGACAGAGCGCAGAAGACGCUGGACGAAUCCGCGCUACCUCGAUCACACCGAUCCAAUGGCCAACCUCGCAGGACUUCUGCUGCCGAGCAGAACCUGCAGAGAAGUACCAGGAGAACCUCGACGCAGGACCGAUCCAGAAUUAUUUCCAAAGAAGACAAACGCGCCCGUCUCGAGGCUGCUGAAAGAGCUGCCCGCAACAGAACCGGUGGAACGACCUACGAUGCCGACAACAUCACCCAAUCGGCACGCCGACCCCGGCGGACCUCUUUGACGGCUGGAGAUACACCAGGAACCCCAGGAACCCCAGGAACCCCAGGAACCCCCUCACGGCCGACAACCCAGCGCGCAACCCCCGGACAGAACGGACCCCUCUCUCAGAACCCCCCAGAAGAUGGACAACCUUUCAGCGCCCCAACCGACAGAUCCCCGAGAGGACAGGCUUCCGACUCGCAAGCAGCCUCACCAGGCCAGUCAUCAGGAAUCCCACAACGGAAUCUCAGCUUCCGUGAACGUGCCGCAAAGAGUGAUAUAAAGUUGCCAAAUGAUGUUGGAGAUGUUGCGCCAAAAGAGACCUCGCCAGUGACCUCUCCGCCCAAGAGCGGCAGCAACAAGCUCAAAAAGAACCGGGCAAACCCAAAUGACACUUGGCCCAGGAGAGUAUCUGUGUCCGAGUCUGAGGCAGAGGAGGCCCGCAAGCCUCUGGAAGGCAGCCAUUCGAAUACACAAACAAUUCACGUCGUUCCCACAACGCCAGCCACCCCUAGAUUUCCUGGAGAACCUGUGCGCCUCAAUGGCACGGGGACGGGAUCAGUCCGAUCGUCCUCACACGGGCGAAGAGACUCUAUAGCCGCUGACCGCGAGUUUUACGAAGAUGAAAUGUACCCCCCGCGUCCCGCAAAACUCCAAAAGACGCCCAGCCAGAGGAAAGCCGAUCAGAUCCUCGGCCGAGUACCACCCAACACAGUUGCAGCAAAUGGCGCACGGCAAAUGGGCGCUAUCUCUCGGGAUCAAGUAUCUCCUGCGGCUCCAGUGGCCACGGCACCGGCUGUAGACGAUGCCUUCCAAUCUGCCCACCGUUCAGCACGAAGAGACAACCGAAGUGACAGCGAAAGUGAUGACGAUGGGGGGCAACAUGUGUCCAAUCUUGUCUACCACGGCCGCGACAGAUAUGUUCCUGGCGAUGGUCUCUACCAACCUACACCGUACUUGGAUGAAUGGCAAAAGGGCACAGUUGGUGCUCUCACGGGCGCUCUGCUGGACCUCGAGGACGUACCACCUUCGACCGCAGAGAAGGGUGGCGCAGGUAACGGGACCUGGCGGGAGUCGCCAAAGUCAAGAACUCGGGCAAGCAGCCUGUCCAGCCGGCCAAAGAAGGCUGAGGCGUUCGAGGGUGAAUAUGAUGACACAAACGGUACGCAGACCCCUACCUCGUCAGCUUUUUACCCCAAUAUCAGCGCAGUCCAAAGUGGUGAUCUCAGUCGGCUGUCUGAAGGUGAAGUCGGGCGGGGUUUGACCAGCAAGAACCAGGACCUCAAAAAGAAGGGAAAUCGAGGCAGACGCUGGGAAGGGCUACGACCCUUCAGCCCGAGCCCUGCGGAUCUUGCUGCUGCUUUGACUCUGAAUGAUUCACGAGACAGCCUCGACUGUUUUUCGAUUUGUAGUGAUGCAUUCUCAGGGAAAGCAGCAGUGUCCUAUUCCACGCCCACGCGAUUCAAGCCUCCUCUCUAUCUGAAGUGCGGUCCUCUGCUGAGAUAUUGCGGAAUCCGACAUGAGCGUGUGCCCAGCCGCUCCACCCGCGGUGCCAGCGUUGAUCGUGAAAUCUGGAGGGGCUCCAUCAUGAUUGUGACCACCGACAAAGACUCAUCGUAUGACAUCGCCCCAACGCUGAGACUGUUUGUUCAGCCUAUCGAGCUUCUGCCACUGCCACCAAAGCAGGUUCCGGGCGAUGAGCCUUUGGCAGCUGAGUAUGUCGACCCCAUUGCGGGACAUCCCAAGCUGGGCCGAAAGGGCGAGACUCUCUAUGUCAGGCCGGUCGACCAUCUCGAGCCAGGACGUGAUGUAUCAAGAGAUGAGACCGAUGAUGGGCUUUUCGAAAAGACGAGAAGUCCACCUGAGGGACCGCUCCCGGGUGGUUCGGCCGAUCCCCCUGGCUCAUUUGCUGCCCGGAGGAAGCGGGCGGAGAUGGACGGUGAGAAGGCUGGCAAGUACAAGGACGUCCGGGGCUUUAGGUUGCAUGCCGAACACGGCUACACCUUCUGGAGAUUCAAUGUUGAGAUCGAGCUGCGAGACAAGCAGCAGCGCAUCGCGUACCGAAUCAACAGAGGCCCAUCAACCGGUUUCUGGGUCCCAGCCAAGGGCCAGACCAUGAACAUCAUGUUCCACAGCUGCAACGGCUUCAGCAUGAGCGUCAACCCCGACGAGUUCACGGGACCUGAUCCGAUGUGGCGCGAUGUGCUUAAUGCCCACCAAAGCCAGCCUUUCCAUGUCAUGAUUGGCGGUGGUGAUCAGAUCUACAACGACAGGUGCAUGCAAGACACCACCCUCUUCCGCAACUGGUUGAUGAUUAAGAAUCCCAUCCACAAGCAUAAUGCUCCUUUCUCGUCCGAAUUGCAGCUGGAGCUGGAGCGCUUCUACAUGGAGCGCUAUGCGAUGUGGUUCUCCCAGGGAUUGUUCAGCAUGGCGAACUCGCAAAUUCCCAUGGUCAAUAUGUAUGACGAUCACGACAUCAUUGACGGCUUUGGCUCGUACCCCCAUCACUUCAUGAACUCGCCCGUAUUUUCCGGGCUUGGCAAUGUUGCUUUCAAGUAUUACAUGCUGUUCCAGCACCAGAGCAUUCCCGCCGAAACCGAAAGGCACGAACCCAGCUGGACUCUGGGUGUGAAGCCUGGGCCCUAUAUCAACGAGCUCAGCCGCAGCUUGUUUAUGUUCUUGGGUUCCAAGGUUGCCCUGCUAGCUGUCGAUGCUCGGACCGAACGAACACGACAGGAUGUCAUCAACGAAGACACUUGGAAGAAGAUUAUGGACCGCUGCUACCAGGAGAUUGACAAGGGCAAGGUUGAGCAUCUUCUUGUCCUCCUUGGUGUGCCAAUUGCCUACCCUCGACUGGUCUGGCUCGAGAACAUCUUGACUUCCCGCGUCAUGGAUCCUAUCAAGGCACUCAGCAAGAUGGGCAUGUUCAAGGGCCUGCUCAACCGCUUUGACGGGGGAGUCGAGGUUCUCGACGAUUUGGACGACCAUUGGACAGCCAAGAGCCACAAGGCUGAGCGCAAAUUCGUGAUUGAGGACUUGCAAGACCUGGCAGCCGACAAGUCUAUUCGCAUCACGAUCCUCAGCGGCGAUGUUCACCUCGCCGCUAUCGGGCAGUUCUACUCGAACCCCAAGCUCGGCCUGGCUAAGCACAAAGACUUCAGGUAUAUGCCCAACGUGAUCUCGUCAGCCAUUGUCAACACUCCGCCACCCGACCUGCUGGCCGAUGUUCUCAACAAGCGGAACAAGGUACAUCACUUUGACAAGGAGACAGACGAGGACAUGAUCCCCAUCUUCGGACACGGUGUAGACAGCAAGCCCCGCAAUAACAAGCACUUGCUCCCGCAUCGCAACUGGUGUGCCAUUCGGCCGUAUGUGCCUGGUCAUACACCGGAGCCCACACCAACUCAGUCCGCUUACGAUCUGACACCUGACGGUUCGCCAUCUCCUGCCGCCCCAAGACCUGGUCUUUUACGGAGACUAUCCGGCAAGGCUCGGGCUUCUUCUUUCCGUGGUCCCGACAGCGUCGUCAAAGAUCGCUCUCGCCCGCCCAUCUCCAACAGCUUCUUACGAGGGCUGUCAAGCCGCGGGGGUGUUGCCAGCGCAGAUGAGAUAGGCAGACCAGGAACAGCCCGAUCAAACAAGCUGACCCGCACAAUGUCUGGCUCUUCUGUGUCGGGCCGCCUGGGCGGUCUCUUCCGCCGUCUCAGCAGCAGCUCGAAGAAGCCACGCGAUGAUGGUGGCAUCAAUGGAAACUGGGGUGCUGACACUGACGAGGAUGCCAUUUACGAUGACGAAACCUUGCGUCAGCGGGUUGGUGCCCAUCCUAGCGGUGGUGUCGGGUUACGAGGCGGUCUGGGUGAUUAUCCCUCUGGCUACUCAACCCAGUCCCACAACAACGAGUAUGCCCGUGGUGACGAGAGCUACUUUACCGUCAAACCUCCGCAGCCCGUGCAAUCGCAUCAGCAACCGCCGCCGUACCAGCAGCACAACCCCAAUCAUGGCCGAAGCAAGUCGGCUACUGUCGUUGGCAGCGCUGCUCAGUACCCCAGCUCUGCUACGUCUGGGUAUGCCUCCGCCUCGCAGCAGCACCACAACGAGUUUGUGCCCAAGCCUUUUAGCCGCAUCCCGACGGGCUUGUCGGCCAAGCAACUGAAGCAUGCGAAGGAGCUGGAGGUGGAUUUGGAGGGCGGGCUGGAAGUGACGCUUAAUGUGGAGAUUGCGCCAAAGGACCCGAGCGGGAGCACGGUGCCAUAUCGGCUUGUGGUGCCGAGGUUGUGGUAUGAGUAUGAGGGGGAGGAGCCAGAGGAUGAGGAGGAGGAGAGGGAGGUGGAACGGGGGGUUAGGAGAGGAGGGCAGUCUGAUUAUGGUCAACAGCAACAAGGAGGGGCGCUGGCUGAGGGUGGUCAGGGGCCGGUGUUUGAGAAGAAGCCUGGGGGGUUGAAGAGGUUGUUUAGUGGGCGGAGGAGGAAGUCUGUGUCUGAGGAGGGGAUGGGGACACCGGUUUAGGGGAGGAUGAGAUAUGAUGGGAUGAGUGAUGGGUUAUGUAUAAAGGAUAUGAAGGAUAAGAUUUGAUGAAAGGGGGUUAUAAUGGGUUGAAUAAAAUCAGGUUUCGUUGCUUGUUAUACAUGAAGAUAUGGACGGAGUUUAAAGCGUGUUUUAGUUUAUUGAUCUGAGUGCAAUAUACACCGACAUUGGUUCUGAACUUGGCACUGAUACAUGUAGCAAUGGAGAGGCUUUUCCUUUGCUGAGAUUUGUUGUGUUCGACCAUGCUAGCAGAUGUUAGAACUUUUGAGGAAG